GACAGGGGCAAUAGUGACAAAUUGCCUUUCAUGUAACAAAACGCUUUAUAGCUGGUCGAUUGGGGAGCCUAAGUAUGGGGAAAAAUGCCUAAAUAGGCUUUGGUACAAUCGCAGGUCGCGACGGUAAAAACAGUAAGACGAAUCAUUGUUACAGCUGUUGCCGAACCAGCACCAAUACAGACAGCUUCACCGGCUUUUGCUAUAUCGGAUUUGUUGUACGUACGUACAUCAUAUAUAUAUAUUAUAAGCCCAGAAACAUUCGUGGAGUCCAAGUCUCUUUCGAUCCGCCCGUUAAUUUGUAUACGUAAACAAAUUUAAUAGGUAGCGGAUUUUCAUCUGUAUCUCUUCAUGCGUGAAAUUUGGCAUGAAGCUCCAUUACAUUUAGGAAUCGAGGACUGAAAGACAUACUCGUCAUUCAUUGGGUGGAAUUUCGGGCUUUUCUUGAUUCAAGAAUUUUGCCAGAGUUCUUGAGAAGGCCGGUUGCCUUGUGUAUAAGCUAGGGUUUUUAGACGGAUCUGUUUUCAAGUCUACACUCCAAUAAUCCAAGUUCUGAAUUCACCAUGUUUUGGCAUAUGGGCCUCUCCACGGUAUCCCCAGUGGAUACAAUCUUAGAUAAAGAACACUUUACUUUGGAGGAGCUAUUGGAUGAGGAUGAAAUAAUUCAAGAGGUCAAAGCUCUAAAUGGACGCCUUAUUAGUUUCUUACAGGAAAAAUCUCAAGUUAAUCAACUAGUUCAAUAUAUAGUGGAAGAAGCUCCAGAGGAUGCCAAAAAACCACGAAUAUUCAAGUUUCCUUUUGUUGCUUGUGAAAUUUUCACAUGUGAGGUUGAUAUAAUACUCAAAGCAUUGGUAGAGGACGAUGAGUUGAUGGACCUGCUGUUUUCUUUCUUGGAUCCUGGGCGGCCCCACAGUACACUUUUGGCUGGUUAUUUCAGCAAGGUUGUCGUGUGCCUCUUGCUGCGGAAGACAGCUCCUCUCAUGAAUUAUAUCCGAGCUCAUCAGGAUAUCAUCAACAAACUUGUUGACCUAAUUGGGAUUACAUCUAUAAUGGAGGUGUUAAUUCGCCUGAUUGGUGUUGAUGAACAUAUUUAUGCCAAUUAUGGGGACUCUAUGCAGUGGUUUGAAGAUAUGAAUGUGCUGGAGAUGAUUGUAGAUAAAUUUAGUUCAUCUGAUUGCCCUGAAGUGCAUGCUAAUGCCGCAGAAACUCUUUGUACCAUUAGCCGAUAUGCUCCCCAAGGGCUAGCCUCAAAAAUAUCCAGCCCAAGUUUCAUAGGAAGAUUGUUCCGUCAUGCUUUCGAGGACUUUAGACCAAAAUCUGUCUUGGUUAACUUGUUAUCAGUCUGCAUAUCUUUGUUAGACCCCAAGAGGUUGACAUCAGGAGUCUAUUACAUGUAUAACCGCCAAAUGUCUCAGGGAGCUGGAAUCACUGCUAACCCUGAGACUGUUGAUGGGAUGCUGGAGAGCCUAGGUGAUCUGCUCAAGCUUUUGGAUCUUUCAUCAGAGGACCAUGUCUUGCUAACUACAUAUGGAAAAUUGCAGCCUCCUCUUGGAAAGCACCGUUUGAAGAUUAUAGAAUUCAUCUCAGUCUUAGUGGCUGUUAGUAGUGAAGUUGCAGAAAGGGAACUGAUUCGCCUGGGCGCCGUAAAACGUAUUCUUGAGUUGUUUUUUCAGUAUCCUUACAAUAAUUUCUUACAUCAUCAUGUGGAAAAUGUUGUAUACUCUUGCUUGGGGAGCAAGAACGGUCAGUUUAUUGAACAUCUUCUUUGUGAGUGUAAUCUCAUCGGGAAGAUUCUUGAAGCUGAGAAGAAAUUUACUUUGGCUGUCGAUGCGAGCAAGCCAACUGUCCCUGCUGAAGGAAAGUCACCGCCCAGGAUAGGGAACAUCGGUCACUUAACUCGUAUGGCUAAUAAACUUAUUCAAAUGGGGAAUAGUAACAGUGAGAUUCACACAUUUCUGGAGCAAAAUGGUGAUUGGGCUGAUUGGCAGAAAAAUGUGCUGCUUAAGCGCAAUGCAUUGGAAAAUGUGUUCCAGUGGGCAUGCGGGAGGCCCACCACAUUACUGGAUCGGAUGAGAGAUAGUGAUGAUGAUGAAUACCAAGACAGGGAUUAUGAUGUUGCAGCAUUGGCCAAUAACUUGAGCCAGGCCUUUCAAUAUGGAAUCUGCACCAAUGAUGUUAUUGAUGAGGGCCAUGGUUCAGCCGAACGUGAUGAUGAGGAUGUGUACUUCGAUGAUGCAUCUGCUGAAGUUGUCAUUUCUUCCCUUCGCUUGGGAGAUGACCAGGAAAGUGGAUCUCUUUUCACAAACUCCGAUUGGUUUGCAUUUGAGGAUCAGAGAAUAGAUAGUUCAAUUGCUUCCCCAUCCCCCAAGGGGAAUGUGGGUGCCGAUGGAGGAGCUGAUGAUGUCAUUCUUGAGGAAGAUAAGGAUUUGGCACACACUGCCAUAUCCAGCUCUCCUGGAUUGAAACCAACUUUAGAUGGUAACAAUGUGACUAGCAAAUUGUCCGAGGACAUGAGAGAAACUGCUACUGUUGGGUUGGACAAACCACCAGAGUGGGUUGAGUGGAGGGAAAGUUUUGAUUCUAUUGAAUUGCCUCCACCUGUAAGUUCUCCUGAGACGUCCAACACAGCUCAGUCCCCAUCAAUAUCGAAUGGGUGGGAGCCCAUGGAAUCAGGAGCUCAACCAGAUGAUGUCGCACCAGAUAAAGCAGAAUCCUUGGCCAAUGUACCUCGCAAGAUUGAUGGAGGAUCACCUAAUUCAAACAAUGUUGACUCCAGUCCCAGACCUAUACAAUCGGCACAAGUGGGUGAUCUGAACAUAAGAAUUCUAGAAGUAGAUUCACAUGUUGGGACAGAAGACUCUUCUGGACCUACAAAAUGCGAAGAUAAAAAUUGACGCUUACAGAGACAAAUGUAAAUUCUUAGUCUAAGUAGUUCCGGAAGAACCUAACCUUCUUGUGUUGUUGAGGUGGAAGAAGCAACUCUUCUGGAGUUAUGCUACUCACUAGUUUAAGUAUGUCCAUGAUCUUCUGUUCUGUGGGGUUUGCAUUAUGCAAUGAAGUUGCUAUUAUCUGAGCUUGACGCCACUGAAUCGAUAUGUUUUGCCUUCUCUACAUCCCUUGGUAGAGUACCGUUGGGAAAGAUGUUAGAAUGUCCUAAUGUAUGUUCUGAGGACCCUGUUUAUAUGUUUUAGGUGACUUACUUUAUUUUGUGAUUUUCGAGUGUAA